AUGCCAAGACCUUGCCGAAGGAAUUUCCGGCAAUCGGCGGUCCCGGCCAAUCUUUUGUCGGCUCAAUUUUUUGAAGAAGGUUCCUGGCGCGGCGCCGUCGUUAUCGGCCUGUGGACGGCCUACCGUCUCAUCACCCAAGUAGUCGUCGUCGGCUCGCGCGUGCUCGGCCGCGCCUUCGCUGAGGCCUACAAGCAAGCGGCCGCCUCCUCGCAGUACCAGCGCGCCCAGCAAAAGAACGGCAACGCCGCCGCGGGGCGCGCCAGCCUGACCAGCGGCAUGACCCUCGACGAGGCGUGCAAGAUCCUGGACGUCAGCAAGCCCGCCGACGGCGCCUCGGCCGACAUGGAGCAGGUUAUGGAGCGGUUCAAGCGCCUGUUCGACGUCAACGACCCGGAGAAGGGCGGCUCCUUCUACCUGCAGAGCAAGAUCGUGCGGGCGCGCGAGCGCCUCGAGGCCGAGAUCCGCCCCAAGAUGGAGCAGAAGCAGGCCGAGGAGGAGGUCAAGGAGGGGUGGAACCCCAAGAUUUACAAGGACCAAUGA